GUCUCAUCUGUUCCCACUCUCUGCUCGGGUCAUUAUUCCGACAGCCCUUCCGCAGAUCGAGACGAUGACCGACACGAUAAGCUCGGACAGGGAGACGGAGUGCUCCGGCGGCGAGAAUGGCGCUGGGAAGUCCGAAACGAACCUCAAGAGGGAAGGUGGGGACUUGGACGGCCCCGACUCGGCGGCGAAGAAGCCGAGAACUGCCGGCGAGAGCUUAAUCUCGGAGAAUGCAGAGGAGAAGAUGGAGAAGGAGUUCGAGAUUGAGGCCGAUGCGGCUGAGGACAAGGGUUCAAGGCACUCCAUGGAAGAUGCUUGGAUCGUGCUCCCCGACGCGAGCUCGGAUUAUCCUGGGAAAUUGAGGUGCGCACAUUUUGCGGUGUAUGAUGGGCAUGGAGGUCGAUUAGCUGCAGAGUAUGCCCAGAAGAACUUGCACUCGAAUGUUCUUUCGGCAGGCUUACCACGUGAGUUGAUGGACGUUAAGGCUGCCAAAAAGGCUAUACUUGAUGGAUUCCGGAAAACUGAUGAGGCCCUUCUUCUAGAAAGCACUGCAGGGGGGUGGCAGGAUGGUGCAACUGCUGUAUGCGUGUGGGUACUAGGGAAGACCGUUUUCAUUGCUAACAUCGGUGAUGCAAAAGCAGUAUUAGCACGAUCAUCUGCCGUGGAUGGAGAAAGUCCUCUGAAGGCCAUUGUUUUGACAAGGGAACACAAGGCCAUCUACCCACAAGAGCGUGCUCGCAUACAAAAGGCGGGUGGCACUGUGAGUUCCAAUGGACGACUGCAGGGGCGCCUCGAGGUUUCUCGGGCCUUUGGAGAUCGCCAGUUUAAGAAGAAUAAUGACUUGCAGUUUGGAGUUGUUGCAACGCCAGAUGUUCACUCUUUCGACAUUACGGGAAGAGAACACUUCAUCAUCCUCGGUUGCGAUGGCCUAUGGGGGGUUUUCGGACCCAGUGAUGCAGUUGAAUUUGUUCACAAGUUAUUGAAGGAGGGCUUGUCUGUUGCAGUGGUCACCCGCCGCCUGGUGAAGGAAGCUGUUCGUGAAAGGCGUUGUAAAGACAAUUGCACUGCAAUUGUCAUAUCCUUCAGGGAGAAGUAAUUCAAACCGUUUAGUCACAACAGCGGCUGAGAACUGUAAGCAUUUGGUUGAGACUGUUGAUGUUGUUUACUGAGCCAAGACACUUUUAUUAGGAUUCCGUGAAGGGCUGUUUGCCGAAUUUUAUGCGUACCGAUUAGUUGGUCUUGAUAGGGUGGACAGCAGUUUGUCAUGUAAUUGUUGAACAAGAAACUUGAUAUAUGUAGCGGUUUUUCUUGUACUGUA